CUACGGCCGCCCCUUUCUCACGGCUGUUUCGCCCACGAUUUUGACACUUAUCAGGAUACUUAUCAGGACCCAAGCCAAGCCGAAUGGAAUUACACUACAACGUACUUGCUGGCAAACCAUGCCAUCCAUGCUAACAAUUGAUCCCUGUGCCGAACCGGGGGUAUUAGGGGAGGGAGACCGCAAGUUGCAGGUGAACCAGCAAGAGGAACAGGGCGGUGGGAAUUCCCGUUACCGGCAGCCGGCUCGCCUCCCCAAAAGUCCAGUUACAUAUACUAGUAUGAUCCCAUCAGUUGUCAAUUUUGUCACUUCAGUCGUUCCGCAGAUCACCCUGGGUAGUUCGGCCACGGGGCAAGCUGCGACAGCGAUCCGAUCAGCACACCUCUCUUACGGUGGUUGGUUGCCGGCUGCUCCUUGCCGCCGCAUAGGCAGCGGCCGCGUUGGUGGUGGUGCCGUCCUUAUUUAUGGUUUUUCGGGUUUAUUCCUGUUUUUUGCUCUCGAGUCUUUCCGUUCAAUAACGCAGUAUUUAUUCUUAUUUAGCACCUACCAAGCGACCCCAUCGACUGCGGAGUAUUUUCACACACUACGUAGGUGUACUGACACUACCAUCGCAGUACACGUACACUAUGGAGACGCUGGCUCGAGUUGCCGCAUUGGCUGUGGACUCUUGACGCUUGAGUGGAUGGGGCUAGUGGUCGCUCCCCCCAAGCUAAUAAAAUCGGGUUGCGCCUCCGCUUUGCCUUUGCCUGUGAUUCUCAUUCCGGUAUCAACCUCCCCCUGUAUCUGCCCCCCUCCCCCCUCCCCCUCGCGGACCCCUCCCUGUCUGCUGUUACAUACCUAAGAAUCUUGGACCGAAGCCGCACAUCUUGCCCUGUGCACCGACUCGCUCGAGCCACUUACUGGUAGGUACUUACCGACCUAUGUAAUGUCAGGCUGUUAGCUACCCACCUAAGGUACCCUACCUGCCUGCCUCCCUCUCCCACCGAACCCACUGUGUUUUGUUAUUGUUGUUGCUGCUGCUACGAC